AGUAGCACGUUUAAGGCUCACACCUAAAAAGUAAGCAAAACAUUCAAUAAAUGUCCAAUUUAAGCAAAAGGGUCAAUUCGUUCCUCGCCUUAUUCCGAAAGAAGCCAGAGCAGGAAUUUAAUCUGCUAAUCUUGGGCCUUAACCAUGCCGGCAAAACAACUCUGGCUGCCCGCAUAGGUUCAGAAUCUGAGGAAGCAAUAAGGAGCAUUACUCCCACAACCAAUCAGACCGAAAAGCAUUUGAGAUUUAAAAAGUUAAAGGUUUGCAUGCGUGACGUGAGUGGUCAAUGGAGGAUGCGUCAGACGUGGCAUACCUAUUACCAAGAGGCCAAUGUCCUGAUCUUUGUCGUCGAUAGCACCGAUGCGUUUCGCUUGGCCGAGGCACGCUGUGAGCUGUGCGAUGUGCUGCUGGACGAGCGACUGUCCGAGGUGCCACUGCUGAUCUUGGCCAACAAGCAGGAUGCACUGGGUGCUCUGCCCAGUGCCAUAAUAACGGACUUGUUGGGCCUCAGACAGUUGGGGGGUCGCCUCUGGCACAUACAAGAGUGCUCUGCGCUGGGAAACGAUGGCAUCGAUAUCAUCAAUAAUUGGAUAUACACAAGACUAAAACAACUACGGCCAAAAAGCUUAUUUCGAAAACUUUUAAUCCCUAGUUUCUAGCCAACAUAAGUUGUUCCUAGCUUAAAUUAAUUUAUGUAACUGGCACGAAAUAAUCCAUUCACGUCGAAUAGUAUUCUACAAAUGGGGCGUGACACAGAAUAAGCCAGAGAGACAAAGAACAAGAGAGAGAGAGAGAGAAUUCCAGACGAAAUAUAUA